AUGACUCACGAGGUCUUUAAUAUUUCACCAGAGAAUCAUUUUCAUAUCAUAUGGUUAAAUUGCAAGAACUAUGAAAUGAAGUGUGGAGGACAGGUGACACCGGAAGUAAGGCCGAAGUUGAAACCAAAAUUGGGAUUUGAAUUUGAUUGUUGUGACGAUGUGUUUAAUUUCUAUAAUAUGUAUGCUGCGAAAACCGAAUUCGGCAUUCGGUGUUCUACAACGAGAACGUGCACACUGACAAGAGAGGUAACAAGGAAGGAAUAUGUAUGUUGUAAACAGGGGUAUUCAUUGACAAGCACUGUUAGUCGUAAGAGAAGACGACGAGGUUGUACUCAAACUGGUUGCAAAGCUAAACUUGCAAUAUUGAAGGUGAAAGACAAGAAUAAGUACAUUGUUGUAGGAUUCAAUGAGGUAAGCCUUCUUGAGGUGCAAGUAGGGGGAUUGGAAAAUGUGGGGUUUGUUAAGAGAGAUGUAUACAAUUAUGUAAGGGACGUGCGUGGAGAAGUGAUUGGGCAUAAUGCAGAGCUGCUUAAGGAGCAUUUUUUGGCUGAGCAAGAAAAGAAUAAAUCCUUUUAUUUCAAUAUAGAGAUGCAAGGUCAAGACGAGCUUAUGGGUUUUUUUGGAGAUGUGGUGGUAUUUGAUACGAUGUUCAACAUGAACCGCUAUGGGAUGAGGAAUUCAAGAAAGCCACGCUGGGUGAGACACCCCAAAAUGAUCAUCACUGAUCAAGAUGCAUCCAUGUCAAAGGCAAUUGUUAUUAUAAAGAAACCCGGCAUUGGAGAAUGUUUUUUGGAAAUGUGCAAAUGCAUAUGGGGUAUGGACACGAAAGAAGAAUUUGAUGAGAAAUGGGAGGAAAUCAUCACAAACAAUGGGCUGAAAGACCAUAAGUGGCUGAGCUCAAUUCAUGCUAUGCGGAAAUAUUGGGUUCCAUCAUAUGUAAAACAUGUGUUUUUGGAUGGGAUGUCAAGUAGUCAACGGGCCGAAAGCUGUGAUUCAUUUUUCAAAUAA